AUGUCUUAUCACCUAGUCAACAAUUACAGGGUGAGACAGGAGGCGCAUCGCGUGAGCCGCGACAGCAACUCGAUCAUGAACCCUUGGCGAAACAAGAGAAGCUCAACCUGGGAUGUGCCCGAGUCACAACGCUACUCUCAGCCGCCGAUGGCGCACGAAGGACUUGAUGAUGCACUGCCCAUCAAACACUCAGUGACGGCACCAUCACGAACAUCAAACGGCUACGACAGUGCAAAUGGAGAGCCCUCCUACAACCCCAAGAACAUCGAGAUGCAGGACAUGGAGCCCACCAGCCAGAUGACUGGGCUCACAGGGGACACAAAUGUGGAAUCGGCACAGGCUUCUGCGGGUUCCGCACAUCAACGUAACGGCAGUCUUGGUCUUGUGCGCAGGAGGACAAUAGGCGCCAAUGAUUCGCGGACCGAACUGAACGGCGCAGGACAAAAGGUGGCCGAGGAGGAAAAGAAGAAGAAGCAGAGGACUUUCUUCAAGCACCUCCAACCCAAGGAGCCGUUCACCGUGGGGAAUCAAAUUCGACGCACACUUCUGAACUCGUGGCUCAACGUUCUACUCGUCGCGGCGCCGAUAGGUAUCGCGAUCAACUAUGUUGAGGCGGUACCCCGCGUUGCGGUCUUCGUUGUCAAUUUCAUUGCCAUCAUUCCUCUUGCGGCAAUGCUGGGUUUUGCGACGGAGGAAAUUGCAUUGAGAACGGGCGAAGUAAUGGGAGGACUUUUGAAUGCCAGUUUUGGUAAUGCUGUUGAGUUGAUUGUGGCGGUUAUUGCUUUGACGCACGACGAGAUUGUCGUCGUACAGACUUCGCUCAUUGGCAGUAUCCUGUCCAACCUUCUUCUAGUCAUGGGAAUGUGCUUCUUCUGCGGUGGUCUCAACAGACAGGAACAGUAUUUCAACACGACCGUUGCCCAAACAGCGGCGAGUUUGCUUGCGCUUGCCGUCGCCAGUGUCAUAGUACCCACGGUCUUUGAUAUGGCUGCGGAUACCCCGCCCGAAAAGGUGGCGCAAAUUUCUCGCGGCGUCUCCAUCAUUCUGCUUUUCGUUUACGGUGGUUAUCUUUUGUUCCAGCUAAAGACCCACUCCUCCGUCUUCGCCGAAGAGAGUCAGAAGGUCGCAGCCAAGCCUUUCAACUUCCGAGGAGGCCAUGAUCUCAAGGACGGCGCCAUUGCCCAGGGCUUGGUAGGCCCUGCUGGUAUGGUAGGAGGCCACGCGGUUCCUACGCAGGACAACAACGAGAACAUCCGCCACCACCUGGACACCGCGCCCCAUCAGGAGGAGGAGGAGGAGGAGGAGGGCGAGGAACCGCAGCUGCACUUCAUUGUCGCCGUUGCCACCCUGGUCAUCUGUACCGUGAUCAUCGCGUUUUGCGCCGAGUACAUGGUUGACGGCAUCAGUGCCAUUACCGACGGAGACAAGGUUAGCAAAGAAUUCGUUGGCCUGAUUCUGCUGCCCAUCGUCGGAAAUGCCGCCGAGCACGCCACUGCUGUUACGGUGGCCAUCAAAGACAAGAUGGAUCUGGCCAUUGGUGUGGCCGUUGGUUCGAGCAUGCAGGUCGCCUUGUUCGUCAUCCCUCUGCUCGUUAUUAUCGGCUGGGGAAUGGGCAUCGAGGACAUGUCGCUCAGCUUCGACACGUUUCAGACGGAAAGAGCCACUGGCUCGAGGGAAUGCUGCUUAUCUGUCUGUAUCUCAUCGUGGCUGUCUGCGCUUGGUUUUACCCGAAUUCAUGUGAGGGCUCUAACUGCCAAUAGUAAACCUAAACCACAGCCUAAAACAACUUGA